CCUUGCUGUAACUCGAUUCUCUCUCGAAUAAAGCAGUCUGUUUCUUAAAAUCUGACCCGGUGUCUCAUUCCUCCGAAACGAACACGGGGACGGUAGAACCGUCUUAACAGAUGGUGACCCCUGACGUGCGGAGGGAAUGGAGACACGCUUGUUGGCAGGGGUUGAGAGCCGCCGGGCGGCCGGCCAUUCUGAACUGGGUACGGGGACGCCUCUUGCAUAAAGGUCUCCAGUAGACAUUGACCACUCUAAAUUAGUAGUUGUUCCGACGUCUCGAAUACCUUUGCCAACCUAAAUUGCAGACGUGAGUAGACGACAGAGAAUCGCUUGUUCUAAGUGCGAGUCCUUUAGGUGUGUUGGUCGUCCCGGAAAAGCCGGAGGUAUUGGACACGGUGAGUUCUUUUUAUUUGUUGCUUUCUAUAGUGAGAAGAGUGAGUCCUCCAGGUGUGCGUUAGAACACCCCUGCAAUUUCAAAAGUCCUGGAGACGGUGAGUGUUAUAUUUUUUGGUCUCUUAUCGUUAGAGAAGUGAAUUCUCCAGGUGUGCUUUGAAACACCCCUGCAAUCCCAAAAGUCCUGGAGACAGUGAGUUAUUUAUUUUUGAUCUCUUAUGUUUAUAAAAGUGAAUCCUCUAGGUGUGCGUUAAAACAGCCCUGCAAUUUGAAAGUCCUAGAGUGGAUGAAUUCUCCAGGUGUGCGUAGGAACACCCCUGCAAUUUUAAAUUCCUGGAGACGGUGAGGCAUAUGUUUAUAGCCUCCUAUCGUUAGACAAGUGAACCGUCUAGGUGUGCGUUGGAACAUCACUGCAGAUUGAAAGUCCUGGAAUCGGUAUAAGUCUUCGUCCAUACCAACUUAUUGGUUUAAAUUGGCUGAUUCGAUGCUACAGUAUUCAACAUGGCAGCAUCCUUGCAGAUGAAAUGGGUCUUGGUAAAACAUGUCAGUCAAUAUGCUUUCUUCUCUGCCUAACUGGAAGACAAAAGGAGAAAGGUCCUUUUUUGAUCCUGUGCCCACUGUCAGUACUGAAGAACUGGACAGAAGAACUGGCAGGGUUUGCUCCACGACUUUCAGUGGUUGUUUACACAGGAGAUAAGGAUACAAGACUAGCUUUGCAACAAGACUUGAAAAAUUGCAAUUUCCAUGUACUUCUCACCACAUAUGAGAUUUGCUUGAAAGAUGCUUCUUUCCUGAGUAGAUCAAAUUGGAGUGUACUGAUUGUGGAUGAGGCCCACAGGUUGAAGAACCAGAACUCUUUACUGCAUAAAACUCUGAAAUCGUUUUCAGUACGAUUCACACUGCUGCUAACUGGAACACCAGCGCAGAACAACCUUCAUGAGCUCUAUUCGCUGCUAAGCUUUGUGGAACCAAAGGUGUUCUCGGGGGAUGAAGUGGAAGAAUUUACUAAAUAUUACAGCAACGUAGAAGAGGAUGCAGUAAACGCUAAAGAGUUGCACAGUCUUAUGCAUCCAUUCCUCCUGAGAAGAAUUAAAGCUAAUGUUGCUGCAGAGUUACCUAAGAGGAUGGACAUUGUUCUGUAUCAUGGGAUGUCUGUACUGCAGAAAAAGUAUUAUAAAGCCAUUCUAAUGAAGGACUUGGAUGCAUUUGAUAAUGAAAUGGGCAAGAAAACACGAUUGAUGAAUAUCUUAAUCCAACUCAGAAAAUGUGUUGAUCAUCCUUAUCUUUUUGAUGGUGUGGAACCGGAACCAUUCCAGAUUGGGGAUCAUCUUGUGGAAGCAAGUGGCAAACUUCACUUACUGGACAAAUUGCUAGCAUUUCUGCAUUCCAGAGGUCAUCGUGUGUUGGUGUUUUCUCAGAUGGCAAGAAUGCUGGAUAUCUUGCAGGAUUACAUGGAAUAUCGAGGUUACAGCUAUGAACGCUUGGAUGGAUCAGUACGAGGGGAGGAGCGAUAUCUUGCUAUCAAAAACUUUAAUCAACACGAUAUUUUUGUUUUCCUUUUAAGCACCCGAGCAGGUGGUGUUGGAAUGAAUCUUACUGCUGCUGACACUGUGAUAUUUGUGGACAGUGAUUUUAAUCCUCAAAAUGAUCUCCAGGCAGCAGCACGGGCUCACAGGAUUGGCCAGAAAAAGCCAGUCAAAAUUAUUCGGCUAAUUGGAAGAGAUACUGUUGAAGAAUUGAUUUACAGACGAGCUAUGUCAAAACUGAAAUUGACAAACACAUUGAUUGAAGGUGGUCAGUUCUCUAUGAAGGAGGGAGAAGAAUUACCUGCAACUUUUGAUAUGCAGUUAAGUGACAUCCUGAAAUUUGGUCUGGAUAAAUUACUGUCUACUGAAGAGAGCACGAUUGAAGAUGUUGAUAUGGAAAAUAUUUUAGGGGAAACCAGGAAUGGAUUGUGGAUCACCAAGGAGCAAUCAGUGCAGACAAUAGAAGAAGAGCCAAAGGGAACAAGCCACAUGUAUCAAUAUGAGGGGAAAGAUUAUUCUAAAGAACCCAGUGCAGCAGAUCAGAAAACUUUUGAGCAACUUCUGGAUCUUCACAAAAUGGUACUUGAAGAAGCCAGUAAAGGAGGAAGAUCACUCCGCACAAAGUCUAAGGUGCUUUUGGCUGCUCCACUGGAUCUGUCCAUUAGGAAAAAACGAAUAUUGUCACCUGAAGAACUUGAGCAACGGCGUCAGAAACGUCAAGAGGCAGCAGCUAAACGAGCAAAAUUACUAUCUGAAAAGAAACAGCAGCGAGAAGAGGAAGAACACAAAAAGAAAAUGGCUUGGUGGGAAUCUCAUGGCUACAGAUCUUCCUGUCUUCCAUCAUUGAGUAGUGAGAGUGAGGAUGAAUCCGAGGACGAUGGAAAUGACCUUCCCGGUGAUCUCGAUUCUACAGAUACAGAACAGACAUCCAUUCAUUAUGUUCUUGGGGAUGUCACUCACCCAAUGGCUGCUGAUAAAGAGGAUGCAAUAAUAGUGCAUUGUGUUGAUGACUCUGGAAGAUGGGGAAAAGGAGGUUUGUUUACAGCUUUGGAAGCUAGGUCAGAUGAACCAAGAAAACAUUAUGGACGAGCAGGGAAAAUGAAAGACCUUUCUCUGGGAAGUGUUCUUCUAUUUCCCAUUGAUGACAAGGAGUCAAGAAAUACAGGCCAAGACCUGUUAGCAUUGAUAGUUGCACAGCAAAGGGAUCGUUCCAACAAUCUUUCUGGAAUCAAGCUGACAGCUUUAGAAGAAGGACUACAAAAACUUUACAGAGCUGCCAAGAAAAGGAAUGCAAGUGUGCAUCUCCCACGAAUAGGGCAUACAACCAAAGGAUUUAACUGGUAUGGCACCGAAAGACUUAUUCGGAAGUACCUUUCCUCGAGAGGCAUAUCAACCUACAUCUACUAUUUCAAAAGAUAUUGUGAAUCUGCUUCUGGAUCCUCCGUUUCUGCCGACAACAUAUCAACAAAGCAGGAUAAAGCAAACAAAAGUAGGACUGAGGGAGGUGCUUCCGAACAAUCCGCAGAAAAUUCAGCUAUUCUACCAGAUUUCAUGUCUGGUGUAAGUGUUUACUUCUUCAAUAUAUCAGAAAAGAAGAGGCUAAGCCGUUAUUUGAUUACUUAUAAUGGUGAUGUGGAUCAGAAUUUCUGUGCUGAAACCACUCAUAUUGUGGCACAAGUGGAUGAUUCUAGCCAAAUGCAGGAGUUACAGAGCUACCUACAGGAGAAUCCUACAGCAGUUGUAGUCCAAGCUCGAUGGCUUGAAGUUUGUUUUUCAAAACAGCAGAAGGUUGACACAUUUUUGUAUGAAAUUAAACUAACUAACUCUGAGUGAAGGUUGCAUUUGCAAAAGUCAUCCUGACACUACACUGAAAAUACCAUAUAGUGGGCUUGGGUUAAGUAUGAUAAAGUAUCUGUUAUAAAAAUGUUUUUUCAUUUUAUUUUUUUCAGUUUUUCUAACAUUAUAAAUGUGGCUUUGGCACUGACUACUCACAUUUGACUUAUUUCUCAAUUUUCUAAUGUUUUACUGUUUUGACAUUACAUUAGUAUUGAGACAAAAAAAACCUCAACUAACAUUUUGCAAACACAAAAACAGAAACUGCUGGAAAUCUGAGUUGGGUCGAGUGAUCCUUCCUCAGAAGAGUGUGAGGUUCUGUUUAAUUUUAAAGAGGUCAGAAAGUCAUUUGGAACAGUAAGAAAAAUAUAUCUUUUCCGAAAAGCUAUAUGAUUCAAUUAAGUGAGAUAUCUGGGGUAUUAAUUGAUUAAAUGUUUAAACUGCUGUGUCGAUGAAAAACAGGCAAACCGAUCAGAUCAGUUUAGUUUGACUUCUGCUGGCCGAAGAAUCUUGAUUUCAGUUCAGGAUAACAGUCAUGUUUGCAGAAUGGUUUUAGUUUGGAAGAUCUCCAAGCUGUGAAAGUUUGUACAGAGAUUUUCAGAAGUUGUCAGAACUGAAAAGAGGUUAAGGCCAUCAAAACUGAAAGUAAGUUUAGGCCAGUAGAACUAGCAAGAAGCCAUGAAACCAUCUUAGUAGUCCAGGAAAGAGUCAGUUCAGGAUGAAAGCAAGAAUUGUAGUGGGAAUUUAAGUACCUGUGAAGGUAUUCUGGAAAAUUGGGUUGAAACAGUUUACGUUAAGAUCUUUCUGAAUUGUCUCUUUUUAAUUUUUGUCAAAUAGAAUUGUGUUCUUUUGUUAAUUGACAUUGGCAACUUUGUAUGACCAUGUUGUGUCUAAACAUCAUUGUAACCAACUGCAAAAAAUAAACUUCUAAUCAAAA